GGUAAACAAAUGUAUUUUAAAAUACUCCAAAACAUCUGAACUCAAAGCAGAAACCCUAGCACCAAGUUGUCCUUCACAGCCCCCAGGAUUGGAGUAGAGGAGACAACGAAAAUGGUGUCCGAAUCAGGGGUCUGUGCGAAGCGGGUGGUGGUGGACGCGAGGCACCACAUGCUUGGCCGGCUAGCGUCUAUAGUCGCUAAGGAGCUCUUGAACGGGCAGAGAGUCGUCGUGGUAAGGUGCGAGGAGAUAUGCAUUUCGGGAGGGCUUGUCCGCCAGAAAAUGAAGUACAUGAGGUUCCUCCGCAAGCGCAUGAACACCAAGCCCUCUCAUGGCCCCAUUCACUUCCGCUCCCCCGCCAAGAUCUUCUGGCGCACAGUCCGCGGAUAUGUAUACCUCUGUUCUCUUGAUUGACUACCAAUGUGACAAAUCUAUGUUUCAUAGAAUCCUUUAGCUGAUCCAAAGGUAGUUGUUUUCUAAGCUCGUAAGUGAGGGUUAUUG